UCCACUGACAGGUAGUCAGUUCAGCCACUUCCUCUGAUCAGAGUGAGAGGAGAUCGAGGCAACUAUAAAACAGCCAGGAGAGAAAGAUAGAAAGAAAGAAAACCUUGUUUUUACAGAUAGAAUAAGAGAUAGAGACAUGGACAAGCUGAUGACAGGUGUGAUUCUGCUGUUUGUGCUCCCGGUGCCUGUUUCUUGUAUUGAGGGUUUUUUCGCUGAACCGGUCAUGUGCUAUUUCCUGGAUGGGAUCCUGAUGAUUUACUGCAUUGUCGCCACUGUGUUCUUCUUCAGAGAAAAGUUUUCCUACAAACCAUCUGUGGCUGUUGUAGUGUCCGAAGAAAAUGGUGGCAUUUACCAGGAGCUUGAGAGACCAAAAGACGCUGAUCCUUAUGAGGUGCUUGAACCAUCAAAAAGAAAGAAAAAGGCUGCCAAGAAAAAGAAAUCUGAGUCGACCCGACCUGAGGAGAAGGAUAAAGAUCCCUACGAAUCGUUGAUCAUCCCUGCCCCACUUCCACCUAAGUCUCCCCAGUGAGGCCGUGCAUGGCAACUCCUGAGUCAGCAGCAUUGUUCAUUGCAGCAUCUAUUAUGAUAAUAAUAAUAAUAAUAAUAAUAAUAAUAAUAAUAAUAAUAAUAAUAAUCAAAUGUUUAAAUUGUAAAUGAAGCAAAAAUGCCAGAUAUUCUGUGGAUCCAGAUGUGUUGCUUUCCUCUGUUAUAAGUGAUAGUCCCUUAAGUAUCUUUGGGUUUUAAACUGCUGAUUAGACAAAACAGGUCAUUUGAAGACAUCACUUUGAUUUCCACAUUUCCACAUUUUGUGUAAAAACAAAGUCUCCAGCCAUGCUAAUAUAUACACAGCCAUAUAAUGUUUGCUGUGCGUUAGUAAGCUAACAUUUGCUUAUUAGGUAACAUUUUAUCAGCAUGCACAACAUCUAAUAAAUGUUUCUAACAUUAUACCGUUGUAAGCACAUAUGAGGACGUGUUCAUUAACUGUGCUAUUUUUCAAUUAAGACACAUUGUAUAAAUGCAUUAAUAAACUCCAAUAUCUCCUUACAACUACAUUAUAGUGUGUUUUAAACAAUUCAAUAAGUGUUUAUGUUGUGCUAAAUAGGGGUGCUUAGUGUUACCGCUAAUUAGCACUCAACCCAACAGGCUUAUUGGAAGGUCAGUUUCUAAGUGUUGAAGAAGUUUAUAUUUUGCCUGAUUAUUACAAUUAAUCCUGUUGCGGGACCUGAGUGUGUGUGCCAAAUUUGCAAGCAAUAGAUCUAAUACUUGCUGAGAUAUUUUAGUCUGGGCCAAAGUGAUGAACGAAGCGACCUACACUGCCAUCCAUAAAGUCCCCUGCACCUGCUAUAAAUCAUCACACCAGUUAGCUUUAUCCUGUAACUGAAUGUCCAAUUAAAGACAAAGCACAUGUCAAAACACUUGGAAAAUGGUUUAAUGAUGUUUACAACAAAAGAGAACUGUACAGUUACAGUAAAAGAUUAUCUUUAUAUGUGUAUAAAAACAAAACAAACAAAAAUACAGCAGACAAAUGCAUCAAAAUCUACUAUGUAUCCUGAUUCACAUACUUAAAACUCCUACACAAUCUUUCAGUUCUAUGCCGCCACAAGUGGAGGCUUUUUUUUUUUGUUUUUUUUUGUUUUUUUUGUCUUGUAGUCAGAUCGGAGCAGUGUCCCUCAGUGUUGUAGUCCAUAAUGGAAACCAAAACUCCUUACAUUAGAGUCCUGGAAAGUCAACUCUUGUCAGACUGCAGAAUAAGAAAAAAGGGAAAUAAAACCAGGACACAUUCCUUUAGAUGAGCCCAAGCUUCCAAGGUGAGUAGUAAAUGUUUUACAGAAUGCAUUUCUUGAGAUACACAGACUUAAUAUGUACAUGGUUGGCGUUUUUUUUUCUUUUUCUUAUUUUUCUCUCUUGUUGAAGCCAUGGUCACUUGGGCUGUGAACUGAUAAAUCACACACGACACACCCAAAAACAUACAAAAAUACUAUAUCUUUAACCUACCAAGAGUAAGACAGUUUUGCAAUUAGUUCCAUGCUGUGACAGAAAAAGGAGAUUACAACAAACAAAUGAGAAACAGACGCUUUUCACGCAAGUUUAUCUCAGAAAUAUACCAAAAUAUACAUCUAAGCUUUGGAAUUACUGAGGCUAGGACUAAAGCCAGUGCUGGGUUUGUCUCUUAAUACACAUGCUGCAGGGUGGAAGGGAGAGAAAACAGAGAGAGAGACAGGACAGAGAGAUAUCUUUGGUAUCUGCAUUUGUCAAAAGUUAAAUAUUUGGAUUUUUUGCUUUGGGAUAGCGCUUGUGAGGUCCUACAACCUCACCUAGAGUAAAGCAUUAAACAAAGUGUCACUGAAGCCCGUCGGCCAGAGGUCUGAGCCGGAGGGACACAGUCCAUGCAGAGUGAAGGACCAUGAUGCAUAGUGUCACAGCUGAUCAGAGUCUGUAGUGAAGAGACAAUGUCAAAGGAGAGAGCGGAAGAGGGGAAGGUGGGAGGGAGGAAGAGGAGGGGGGGGGGGCACAGCAGUGAGUUUUAGGGACCGCAGGAUGUAUAUUCCUGGAGACAACAGGGUAAUGUCCUGGGACUACAGUGUACAGGUGAUGAGGAAGAGACACACGCACUGUGAGAGGCAGGAACAGCAUUUUUCACCACAGUCCUUGAGAGAGAGAGAGAGAGAGAGAGAGAGAGAGAGAGAGAGAGAGAGAGAGAAAGAGUGGAGGGGGAACAUCCUAGCAACAGCGCUCAAGACAAACAAACAUACAGAGUCCUGAGCAUGUACAGUGUGCACAGGAGUAACCCUCAGCGUGUAUUAACAAACAUCACCCAGCUACCACCGGAUUGGUUCGUGUCUGUCGGAGAGAAGCCCGCUCACCUCCCGCUCAGCCCCCUCCGAUCCCCGCCCACAGGCACUGAAACCGCUGCACCGGCGGGAUGCCGGAGUGUUUUGUUUUUCCGGGCGGAUACACAUUCGCAUGCAAUAAAAAGCAAACUUUUUUUUUUUUUUUUUUUUUUUUUUUUUUUUACAGAUGAACCGAGGACUCGGGUGAGAGCGUGCAGCCGGGAUUUGAUGCUGAGCAGUGAGACGGGGAUGGGCGGGAGAUGGUGUCGUUCGUUUACAAUCAAGUUAGAAGUCUUUGGUUAAUGUUGGUAUCACAGGGGAAGCGAGAGCGGGCUGCGACAGCGCACCGUCAUGUGGGAAGACUUGUUCAUACCUGUACCUGAUCGGAGUGAAAAUAAAAUUAAAAAUUAAAAAGAAGAAGAAAAAAAAAAAAGGAUUGUCAAACUUAAAAAAAUGUUUAAACAUGGAGGGGGUGUUAAAAUGCACGUCUACCUAGACCACAUUAAUCAAAUGACCCAUUUAUAUCAUAGAGAGUAACUCUGAACUGACGACUAAGGACAAAAGAAACAUUUAUCUGAAGUUACAACAAAUAAUUUCCACCAAAUGCUGAAAUAUAUCAGUGUGCAGCAUAAGAACACCAAACAGUGAAAGAAAAACAGCAGACAUUCAUGGGUACUGGUGUGAAUUCUGUCUCCCCCUUGUGGCGACAUUUUUCCGACACCCUUCACUAAGUACAGGUAUGACCAGGCUUCUCCACGGACACAAGUUUGAGUAUUUUCAUCUUUUUUUUUUUGUGAGAUUUUAUAAAAUAUUUUUCUUAUUUCUUAAGUAGAUUAAAGCAGGUUUCACUCAGUCUUGAGUUAGAAAUGAGGUAUACAACAGCUCCUUUGCCUUACUGGUGCUCCACACUUCCUUUGUCAACGUUAAAUACCAGCAAACCAGUGUGGUGGAUCAACAUACAACAACUUGACGAGUGGCUGAUCCACGAGCGCAUGUCAAAAUCUCUGAAUCACCCACUGAAACUGAAGCAUUAAAGCCAAGUCAGUGGCAAUAAGUUCAUCAGUUGUCAGCUAAUAAGAUCAUAAGUAGAACACAAACUGUAGUUUUACCAUAAUAAAUCAAAAACUGGCUUGCUUAAAGGCUCUAGUUAAUCAGUAGAGAACCCCCCUCUGGACAAACAACAAAAAUAAGUACUCUCAUGUCUCACCCUUUUAAAAAUCACUCUCAAACACCCGCUGGAAGAUGGGAAAAAUGCACUAUAAUGGUUUGCAGACUGCCCUCACUAUUCUCUCUUUGUAAGACACACUCACACACACACACACACACCCACCUGCUGGAAUUAUUAGUAAAGCUUUUCUAACAGGUAUUCAACCUGUCUGAGUCACACCUAAAAACAUAGGUAGCAACGUAAUCAUCGCACGCACCAAAAUGCCCAAAGUACACUGUAUUGUUUCGCUGAAAACAAUGCACCAGGUGAGCUCAACGCUCAAGCUCGCACUCACACUCACACACAACAACAAUGCUACAAUGCUCAUGUCUUCUACGUAACAAUAAGGCAUAAAUGAUAAUGUUAAUCUUCUUUGUCAAACUAAGAAAGCCAGUGAUCUUGCCCUCUCACACUAUACAAAACAAUUAAAGGCAUAAAGUAAUAUUAAAAAACAAAAAAAAAAG